UUAUUGAAUAUAUUAAAAUUGUUCUAUAUUCUACUCGCUAAAGCUAAAGUAAAUUUUUGAUAGAAAAUCUCCCUCUCUAUGACUAAUCGAAAACCAUAUGAUUUUGGUUUGUUUACAUCGAAAUUUUAGUGACGUCACACGCACAGCUCGUCUCACGCGCCAUCUUGGGCCGGCACCACGCGGAGUUGUCCGACAAUUUACUGUGUUAUGACUUGUCUUGCUGUCUUGAUCUAAUAUUUCGGGGCAUCAAAAAUUAUUAACUUGACGUAUUAGGGUUUUGAUAUAAUGGAUCCCUCAAAUCAAGUCCUUCCUACCAAGGAAAAUUCUUUGUUUAAGAGAAUACUGAAAUGCUAUGAGCAGAAGCAGUACAAAAAUGGGCUGAAGUUUGCAAAACAAGUUUUACAAAAUUAUCCCAAUCAUGGAGAGACACAAGCAAUGAAAGGCCUGACACUGAACUGUCUGGGCCGUAAGGAGGAAGCUUACCAGCUGGUGCGACAAGGUCUGCGGAACAACUUGAAGUCUCAUGUCUGUUGGCAUGUGUUUGGUCUGCUCCAACGGUCUGAUAAGAAGUAUGAUGAAGCCAUCAAGUGUUACCGCAAUGCCCUCAAGUGGGAUAAGGAUAAUCUCCAAAUUCUCAGAGAUCUGAGCUUGCUCCAGAUUCAGAUGAGGGACUUGGAAGGCUAUCGAGAAACUCGGUACAAGCUUUUUGAAUUACGUCCCACACAUCGUGCGUCUUGGAUAGGCUAUGCAAUGUCCUUCCAUCUCCUCAAAGAUUAUAGUUCAGCUCUGAAGAUCUUAGAGGAAUUCAGAAAAACUAUGCAGAAAAACACUUAUGACUAUGAAUACAGCGAACUUCUCCUCUACCAAAACAUGGUCAUGAGGGAAGCUGGUCUUUUGGAAGAGGCGCUAGAACACAUCAAUACUUAUAAGGAGUCUAUUUGUGAUAAGGUCACAUCCCUUGAAAUUAGAGGAGAAUUGUUACUUGCUCUCAAUCGACCAACAGAAGCGGAAAAGUUCUAUAGAGUUUUAAUAGACCGGAAUCAUGAAAAUAAGGAUUAUUAUCUAAAAUUGGAGAAAGCCUUAGAACUUUCAACUGUGGAACAGAAAUUAGCGCUUUAUAAGGAUUAUAGCCUCAAAUUCCCGCGAGCUCACGUGCCUCGCCGUCUUCCCUUGAACUACGCGACGGGCGAGGUGCUGGAGGCGCUGCUGGAGCCGUACCUGCAGAAGUGUCUACUGAAGGGCGUGCCGCCGCUCUUCACGGACCUGCAGUCUCUCUACGACCAGCCUGGCAAAGCUGAGCUCCUCGAGACCCUCAUGUACAGAUACCUUCAUAAUCUAGAGACCUGUGGCCGCCUAGACCCUAGUGAUGAGAGUAGCGACAAGGAGCCGGCGUGUAUAUUGUUUGUGUUGAUGUACCUCGCCGAGCACCACAGUCACUUGAACAACACAGAGACGGCACUCAAGCUCCUACAGAGAGCCCUCGACCACACCCCCACCCUCAUUGAGCUCUAUAUCAUCAAGGGAGAUAUCCUCAAGAGGGCAGGAGACCUCUUAGGCGCCGUGGACGCCGUGACAGAGGCCCAGACGCUGGACACCGCCGACCGCUAUGUCAACAGCAAGACAGCGUCAUUCAUGCUCUCUGCCAACCUGAUCCAGGCCGCGCAGGACAUGUGCUCCAAGUUCACGCGGGAAGGCGUGAGUGCUAUGGAGAACCUGAACGAGAUGCAGUGCAUGUGGUUCCAGAACGACUGUGCGCACGCCUACUACAGACUCGGCCAGUACGGCAUGGCGCUCAAGAUGUGUCAUCAAGUCGACAGACACUUCACGGAGAUCAUAGAAGAUCAGUUUGACUUCCACACGUACUGCAUGCGUAAGAUGACGCUGCGUUCGUACGUGCAGCUGCUCAGGCUCGAAGAUGUGCUCAGAAGUAACGAGUUCUACUGGGAGGCCGCUAUACUUGCCAUCACCAUUUACUUAAGAUUACACGACAAACCAAUCACGGACGUCACCUUCGAGAACGACAUCAACACCGUGGACAUGUCGCCCGCUGAGCUGAAGAAAUACCGCGCCAGGCAGCGCAAGAACAGGAAAGCCGAGGAGCGCAAGCAGGAAGAGAAGCGGAAAGAAGAAAAGAAAGCAGAACAGAAGAAGAAGCAGUCGGGGCAGGAUGACCUGGAGAACCCUCCUCAGGAGGAACUCAUUCCCCACAAGCUGGAGCGUCCCGCGGACCCUAUCAACGAGGCGCUCAACUUCUUACGGCCCCUGCAGGCCCUCCUGCCGCAGCGCCUGCACACGCACCUGCUCGCCUUCAGCAUACACCUGCGGCGGAACAAACCGCUUCUCAUGCUUCAAUCACUGAAACGAGCAUGGUCAGUGGACCGCGAUCACCCCGAGCUGCACACGAGCUUCGUUCAGUUCCUGAAGUACUGCAAAGAUUCUCUGCCAAGAAAGUAUCAAGCCCCUGUCGUAACGCCCGCCGAGUCUGCCACGCCUGUGCCUCUACCGAGCAACGAACAAGGAUCCAACAAACCUAACCCGACUAACCACCAUCAUCCAAGUAACAAGCACAUAAAGAAUUCUAAGGAUAAUAAAAACAACAACAAAGACAAGAAUCAGCGCAAGAACCAUCAUCACAAUCACCAGAACAACAUUGCGUCCAACAACACCGAGAAUUGUAAAACUGAUACCAAUGCGAGUACAGAAAUCAUUGCUCCGACCAAACCCAGCAUUAACCUAGAAGAAGAAGAGGCCAAUUUUGACGCCCAGGAGGCGGUUGUGGUCGCCAUCAUUCACGAGGUGAUGACCAGUCUGGUGGGGACCGUUGACCCCGUCAAACUCAAUGAAGAUUUCCUCAACAAGAACAACGAAUCUUUACCGCACCGGUUACAGGCUGCCCGUUCGAUGAUGUUCUUGGACAGCGUUCAGAAACAACGAGCUAUUGGCAUCGCCACCGAGAUCGGUGAUCAUAUUAAAGGCCGAAACUUGGAAAAUCUUCAAACCGUUUUGGAGUGGCUGGAAGGAUUAGAAUGCGAAGCCUCCCCUGAAGAAAUCCUUCGCUUCAAGUCGCAAAGUCAAAAGCUGUUUCCGCGCGCCCAGAUUUUCAUGUCAGAGCUGCCGCAGAGCCACACGACCACUGUAACGACCACGACCGCUGACGGCGCGGCUGCUCUCGCCACCACGACGGCCGUUAGCGGCGUCAUCACCAGCGUUGCUCCGUCAAUUACUGACGACGAGAUCACCGCUAACUGUCAGCAGUACGAUGAGGUCAUUGUCAACCAUGUCAAUCACGUUGAUGGGUAAUAUCAUCGUGUCGUUUAAAGGGCCACUCAUUCACGGCUAAGUGGUAAUCGCUUAUCUGGUGUUUCACGUAGUUUCUUGAAUUUGGUUGCGAACAUAAUAUGGAGAGGUGGGAGGAAAUGAGUGAAUUUUAAGAAUAAAAUCCAGCAUCAUCGCUUAGGGUUCCCGGCGGUGCAAUAAAAUCAUACGAUUCAUUUGUGAUGUUGAUACCAGCGUGAUGUGAUGCCACUUGCUUCCCGCCAUUGGAACAGCUGUCAACUGAUGCCUUCCUUUGUGGUAGUGAGAGAUCGUUUUCAUAAUUAGUCUCAAUUCAAUUAUGCUUAAGCAGAAAUAUUUGUAUAAUGAUUCCGACACCUAAUGGCUAUCACUACUUGUACAUAUGACUUAGUUUCCAGUCUACGUUUCGAAAUCUGCCUCUAAGGAAAACUUUUUUAUGGCCCUUUGCUUCAAUGAAUGGGCGUGCCCACUGUGCUCAAUAGUUUUUUUUUUAUCAACUGCUUCUGUUAUUGCUUUUGCAUACAUCAUUCCUUCUUCCGUGAACCAGAGGUUACAAGCUUAAAAUAAUAAUGCUCUAAUUUUUGGGGUUUUUAAGCUGACAAAAAAGAAACGAUAAUAAAAAAACUCACAGAGCAUUUGUCUAGCCGCUAGCGAAUCUUUGUGUUGGCAACGUGUCCAGAGAAGCGGCAAAAUUAUUUUGCGUGUCCCUCUACCUUCGUCCUCGACCAUGAUUCGAAAUUUAUAGUUUAAUUCCGAUAUUUCUCCAGACUGUUCAUAGAGAGCGCAUCGACAGUCACAUUGUAUGCAUACCUAAAUUGUUGAUCGAACAUUAAAUAAUGUGCUCGUUGUAACCACGAUACCGAUUCUGUAAUACCAGACUUUUAAAGAGGGUAGGGUUAACUUGAUCCGUGUGAUAGUUGCAUUAGGGAGCGUGCGUUCCUGAGUUUGGCGAGCCUCUCUUCACCUUUUCUUUUACGCUUGUCCAAGAUAUCUUGUAAUGUUAGUCAUUUCCAGAGACUCUUGGCUAUGAUUGUUUUGUUUUCUAGGUUCCGUACCAGCCAUGAUAUCUCUGAAUGAUAUUUAUUGAGUUAUCAAGCUUCAUUUCUCACUCAAUAAAGCUUGUAAGUACUCAA